AACUGAUUAAUUACAUUCUUCAAGAAUAUUUCAACAGUCUAUAUCAGUUAAGUUGAUCUGAGGAAUAUUCAAUAAUAUUUUACAGCUAGGUCACGAUGCUGAUAAAGGUUUGGCCGAACAAGUACUUGAACUACGCCACACGGGAUGACUGGUUGGCACACAGGUACAGGAUCAAACCCAACAGGCUGCGCCCUCCUGUAGGCUGGGUCAAGUUUAGCCACACCGAGACGCCCAGGUGUGAAGACCCUUACUCCUGCGGGAAGAUGGUCAGGACCAUCCAGGAAACUUUUCUGGACAACGGCUUCUGGGACAUACCUUACAACUACCUAAUUGGAGGAGACAAAGUAGUCUAUGAAGGGAGAGCGACUCAUUUCACACCAGAUCUUCCCAAGCAUCUGGCGCAUCUAGAGGACGACUGUAUCGACAUCGCUUACAUAGGCAACUUUAGCGUUGAAGACCCUCCAUGGGAAAUGAUGGAAACUGCCCUCACCUUCGUUGCAUACGGAGUCAUCCGGACAAGACAAAUACUACCAACUUUUCGAGUUGUUCCUUACAGGGAGAAAGUUGUAUGCUAAGAAGACUGA